GGUUGCUGUUGUUCGGUUGCUGGUUUGGUUGUCUCGGCGGGAAAGGCCGUUCGCAGCCGGAUAUUUAUCUUUCGUUAUUUACCGACGUGUUUAUUCUCUCGGAGAGUGAAUCUUACCACACCUCCCCCCCCCUCGCCGGGGACUGAUCCCGGGAUGACCCUGAACCGGGCCCAGUACAAUCGGAUCAGCCGCUACUUGGAGAAACUGAGGCCCAACAGAGAGGGCCUGAGACUGCUGAAGGAGCAAUUCCCCAGAUGCUGCCUGUCCUGCUGAAUGUUUCCAGUCAUAAUGGCACAGAAGGAGGCCAUCUGGCCCAUUGAGUUUGUGCCAGCUUUCUAUUGAGCAGUCCAGUCUGUCCCAUUUCCCAGCUCUAACCCUGUCGUCCUGCAAGCUUCUAGUGACCAGAUGAUGUGUUUUUGUGAUGUUGCUUGAGGAGGACCACCUGCUUUUCUUUGAAAUAGUACAUUGGGAUUUUUUUUACAUCCAAUUGAAAGGGCUGAUCUCUGUUUAACCUCUCAUCUGAAAGACAGCACUUCAGUCAAUCGCAGUCCACUCUGCUGAGCAUCUUCUCCCUGGAGUACCAGAAACGAAUGAAAAGGACACAUGCGAGGCAUCAUACAACUGAGGCUUGUGAAACUUACUACCAAAGGUACCUGAGUGGUGUGAUGAACAAUGCAGCUGCCCCUGUUCUCUUCGAGCUGGCCAAUGAGAUGGACUUGGCUCCUUCACUGAUGGCUAGAAUUGUGCUUGAAAAAUUCCUGCAGGAGCAUGACCAGGCCACACCGAGCAAACCUGUCAUAAAUGGCAUGUUAAGGGACCCAUCUCAGAUUCCUGACAGGGUUCUAGCUAAUCAAGUCUAUCAGUGUACGGUGAACGACUGCUGUUAUGGACCAUUGGUAGACUGCAUCAAACAUGCCAUUGGACAAGAGCAUGAAAUUCUGCUUCGUGAACAAUUGCAAAGAAAAAAACUAUCCUUUUUAGAUGAAGAUCAAUUGCGUGCUAAGGGCUAUGACAAAACGCCUGACAUAAUUUUAGAGGUACCAGUUGCCAUUGAAGGUCAUGUGAUUCAUUGGAUUGAAAGCAAGGCCUCAUUUGGAGACGAGUACAGCCACCAAUGCUACUUGCAGGACCAAUUCUGGAGCUACUGGAACAGGUUUGGACCUGGAUUAGUGAUCUAUUGGUGUGGAUUUAUUGAGGAGUUGGACUGUCAUCGUGAUCGUGGAAUCUUAUUAAAAGAUUGUUUCCCUGAAGACAUUGUAACCUUGCACUGCACCAUGGCCAGCGUGGAUAUUGGAAAGAAGAGGUGAAUCCAGAAGUGAUUUUGCCUUUCUGUAUUACAGACUACUGGCAAGAUCUCUCCUGAACUUUAGUUGAACUCCUGCUGCCCUGGGUCACCAUAAUACCUCUUUAGAAAAACACAUUCAGUGUUUCUGCUUUAUUUCAGCAACACACUUCUGCGAGUAGCCAGGAACUACAAACACGUACCACUCAUUAUCAGUAUUCCCGUCUGUGUCAAUACUUUGUAGAUAGCCUUAAUCUUUCCAACUUCCGAAUUCUUUUCUCCAAACCUGGGGAAGACCAAAAUUCUGAUGCUGGAAAGUGCAACUCAAAGUUUUGUUUCACUGGUUGAAAAGAUGUUUUUGUUUUUAUGACUGUGCUGUGAAUGUAGGGGAGAACUGCUUUUAUGAUAUAUUGCACAAUUUUAAAAUGGCCUCAAAUUCUUUAAUUUCAUGUAAAUUGAUUUACAGAGGGUGCAUUUAUAUCAAUGUUACAUUGGCAAAAUGGCAGUAUAGCUUAUCAGAUCAGCAACCUGAAUGGUAAUGCCUCAAAAUAGAGCGAAUUAAUUUUCCUAGCAGUUAGAUGCUUCAAACAUGUUUUCCAGUUUAUAGGCAGCAAUACAACUUUGUUUUCUUGAGAGCUCACAUGUAUGGCAAGCUUUUGGGUGAAUCUCAAUAACGCAACUGCUCAGCAAUAAAUGUAUUAGAAACAA